AUGCCCUCUUACGGUUCCCUACACUCCCCAUCGCUCAAGAAAAUGGAAACUUCGCGUGUCCAAUAUGGGCGUAAGGGGAUUAACAUGGCCAACAUUAUUGGCGACCCCUUCGCCCUCGCCACGAUCUCUAUUUCAAUUCUUGCCUGGCUAGUGUCCUUCAUUGGAGGUGUUAUAGCUCAGAUCCAAGUAAAUGGCACUCGAAACUUCCCACCAUUCGCGUGGUGGUCCACCGUCUACAUUCUCUUCCUGAUACUAGGAAUAUUCGUUGUUGUUGCAUCCGAUACGAUUCAAACUUACCAUGUCGCCGUCGUCGGAUACCUCGCCGCUGGACUUAUCCUUUCCUCUUCUUCAGUCAACUUCCUCAUCUUCUCCCCCAUGUCCUCUUUCCAGGCCACGGCCGCUGGUUUCAUCCUUUUGUCGAUGGUUCAGAUUGUCUGGAUCUUCUACUUUGGAUCGGCCCCCUCCGCUGUUCCCCGCGCCUACCUCGACUCGUUCGCCCUAGCCAAGGAAUCCACCAUGAACAGGCCGCCUAUCAAUGGUUAUGGUGGCAUGGCAAGGCCCGAGACUUCGACUUCGGUUCAACCUCCGCAGAUGUACACUUCGGCUCAGCUGAACGGCUUUGAGAACCCGUCCCCUGUCGCUGGCAUGACGAGCGUCGCCCGGACGUCCACCAUCCCUCCCACGUUUGGUAACAGCACCGUGAAGGGUGGCCCCACCGCCAGCGGUGCCGACACCGAAGUGGUACCCCCAACAGAGUACCCCUACCGUGCCAAGGCCAUCUACAGCUACGAAGCGAACCCCGACGAUGCCAACGAAAUUUCGUUCUCGAAGCACGAGAUCCUCGAAGUGAGCGACGUGAGCGGAAGGUGGUGGCAGGCGCGGAAGGAGAACGGAGAGACAGGCAUCGCGCCAAGCAACUAUCUCAUCCUGUUAUGA